GUUUUUUAUCUCUCAAAAAGGCCUUUCGAUAAAGAUUUUCAUAUUUCCAAAAUAAAAUCUAUUUAGUUAAUAGCGAUCAGGGUAAUAAUAUUAUUACGGAGAAACAGAAUGAGUGAACAGCAUCGCCCCGCAUGGAAUCACUUGAAAUCAGAACGACAGGCGGCAUUCUCUAAUAAGGUGAGAAAGGCUUUUUUAGAUGAGGGCCGAAAGCGCAAAGAUGAGGAGCGCGCGCGCAUGGAGGCAUAUCGGCGCCUUUGCGCUGAAGAAGGGAUUGAAUCAAAACGUCUGAAGGAGUAUGAUCAGGCGCGCGAGGAGGCUUCUGCGCGGCUAAAGGAGGCUUUAGAAGCGGUCGAUUACGACCAAAGCCUUACUAACAAUGAAAAGAAGAAACGGAAAUAUAAUUUAAAGCGAAAGUUCGCCGCCACGACUGUAAAUGAGAGUAUUAGCAAGAAAUAUAAGCCCCACACGGCUGUCACUGACAUUGAAAUAAUUCAAAAGAAGAAGGAAGAAAUGAGGAAGAACAUCAAGCAGGCUCGAGAGCAACGGAACCGCGAAAAGGCCUCUAAACUUCAGCUUCGGAAGAAGCGGACGGAGUUGUUUAAGCAGCGGACUAAGCGUGGACAGCCGGUACUUGCUAGCAGGGUGGAAUCUUUACUGCAAAAGAUAACACGUGAAAGCUGAAAAGUAAUAUAUAUAUAUAUAUUAAGCCUAUAGGGAUAUGAUGCCUUUAACUGCUUCUUUUGUUCGACGAGUAAUAAAUACUUAAGCAAUUGGUGUUUGUUUUUA